UGUUAUGUAUUUUUUGUCUUCUAUUUAAUCUAUAAAAUUGAAUAAUGUUAUUUAGUAGAGAGAAGAUGAUAAAUUUGUUUAAAUUUGUUCUACAGAGUAUUCGUUCAAGAGUUUCAUUUCCUAGAACAAAGUUUUAUGAUGAGAAAAAUGGAGUUUUUUUGGAUCUUUCAUAUAUUACAGACAGAGUUAUUGUUAUGUCAGCACCUACGAUGUCAUUUCCAGAAAGAAUUUAUAGAAAUAAUCUUAAAGAUGUUCUUCGGUUUUUACAACAAAGACAUUCAGAAAACUGGAUAAUUUUUGAGUUUUGUAAGGAAGGUAUAGGAUAUUCAGAUAGUGAUUUUCUUUUUAAAGUUUUUCAUUAUCCUUUUCCUGAUCAUCAACCUCCACCUUUUAGGAUUAUACCAGAAAUUGUGGAUUCUAUAUCGAAAUAUAUGAAUGCAUCUGAUGAUAAUGUUGUAGUAUUUCAUUGUAAAGCAGGAAAAGGAAGGUCUGGUACAAUUGCAUGUUCUUAUUUAAUUUCAGAGAAAAAAUUUACAGCAGAAUCUGCUUUAUCUAAAUUUACAGAGGCUAGGAUUCAAAAGGGAUAUGGUAAUGGUAUUACUAUUUUAUCUCAAAAACGUUAUAUUUUUUAUGUUGAAAAAUGGGUUUCAAUGGGCAAAAAAUAUCAGGAAUUAGAUAUUAUGAUCUCACAAAUCGAAAUCUUUACUGAAAACAAGAAAAUUGGCUGUAAAAUUUAUGGUUAUAGAGAUGAUAAUAGGAUCGACUGUCUUUAUGCUUUCUUACCUCCAGAAAUAGUGAUAAAUAAUUCUACAAUGAUUUUUACUCCUGCUAUAAAGUUCAUUUCUAGGGAAGAUAUUUGUGUAGAAAUCUAUCAUCUAUCUAGAUUUAAAAAAAAUGUUUUAAAAGCUCAUUGCUGGUUUAAUAUCUUUUUUGAAAGAGAUGACAAUCAAACAGAAGGAUUCUUUUCAAUUGACUUUCAGGAUUGUGACUAUUUAAAAACUACUUGCAGGGAUAAAUCAAAACUUUUUGAUAAGUUUAUUCUAAAAUGGAAAAUUUUAUAAAUCUUAUAUAUGUUUUUUCACUAAUUUUUUAAAUUCCUUUAU